AUGGAGCAUUCGGAGAGCAAUACAACUCCAGUGUCAUCUGAGCCCAAGAAGCCUGCUCUGGACAAACUCACGUCUGAACCAUCUGAUGAGGUGAAUGAUUCUCCAAUUGAGCAAGUCCGACUCACAGUCCCAAUUACGGAUGAUCCAUCGUUACCAUGCUUGACCUUCCGGACAUGGGUUCUGGGGCUCACUUCUUGCGCUCUUCUGGCGUUCUUGAACCAAUUCUUUGGUUAUCGCCAGAAUCCACUAUAUGUGUCCUCUGUUUCAGCCCAAAUUGUGGUACUUCCCAUUGGAAAGCUUAUGGCUGCAUAUCUGCCCAACAAAUCAAUACGCAUUCCCGGAACCAAAUGGUCCUUUUCGUUAAAUCCGGGGCCUUUCAACUUGAAAGAGCAUGUUCUGAUCACCAUAUUUGCUAAUUCAGGCUCAAGUCCUGUUUACGCAUUGGGCAUUAUUACNUUAUCAAAUACAUUUCACUAUCAUUUCAUUGGUGACAACUCAUUAUGUCUCUAA